GGGCCUUUGCUUGUAGCGAUCGCUUUGAUCCCUAGGGCGCGGCCCAUUUGGCAACACAUGGUGGCGCCAUGUCGGACUCCCUUGUGGUUUCAGAUGCAUCCCAGGCAUUGGUACUGGCUGACAGUGGACAGGACUCUAGCGCCCUUGUACUCUAUGACGACACAGGCGUCAAGCGGAAGGUCAGGGUGAAAGGGGUGCCAAAGAAGGGCAAGAGGUGGGGCCUGGCUGAGGACAAGCCGUUCAAGCCCCUGCCCUAUGUGGAGCUGCCCAUCGGCCUAUCCUCUGAGGAGGUGGACCGCUUCUUGAGAGAGCAGCGCCUGGAUUACUUACACAAGAAGAUCCAGUUGGGGCUGCUGGAAGAAGUGGAGCCGGACAUCCGGCCGCCCUCGCCGCCGCCCAUCUACGACCGUCAGGGCAAUCGCCUGAACACACGUGAGAUCCGCAUCAGGAAGGCAAUGCUGGCCGAGUACAACAGGCUGAUCCGGUACAUGCUGAAGUACGUGGAGGGCUACGUGCCCCCGGACGGCUGGAAGCCGCAGCGCUUGGUGAAGAAGAUCAUCAUCCCCUACGAGAAGUACCCGAACGCUUCCUUCAUGGGUGUCAUCAUCGGCGCCCGGGGUGUGAACCACAAGCGCUUGCAGGAAGCCAGCGGCUGCAGGAUCUUCAUCCGCGGCAAGGACAUUGGGGACAAGUGGCAGACGGACGAAGAGAUCCACAUGCCUCAGCAUGUCCACAUUGAAGGAGAAACGGAGGAGCAGAUCCAAGUCGCCACAGACCUCGUGAUGCCGCUGCUCAACCCGGAGAGCCCGGAGUUUGAGUACGCCAGGACCCACGGCAUGCAGCAGCUGGCGCUGGUCACGGGUUUCACCCUAAAGAAGUCCGAGCAGCGCUGCGGGGUGUGUGGUGCCAUUGGCCACCUGGGCCGGGACCACGAGAACCCCCGGGCCAAGCUUUCCGCACGUGGGGAGUUGCGCCCCGAAAGCUCGGCUGGGUCUUGCGCGGGACAUAUCUGGUGGGUCAGUUGGUUGGCAGAAUGGCAGCAGUCGAUGGAUGGUUGUAAUAAGAUAUUUGUACAUGCGCCAAGCCCAACUUUGGUUUCUUCGGACGUUGUUCGUGCUUCGCGUGGCUUUUGGACGGGUUUGUUUGAUGAACCCGUUGAGCAAAGGAAUCGCAUGCCGGCGCAUCAUCGACACAAUUUACCUCAUGUGACCUACAUUUCUGGGAUUUCUAGUCCGUGUCGCAUGACACGGGCCAAGGCACAGAUUUGAAUCCACUUGUGCCAGCCUGCGCACGCCAGGCUUUGAUUGUCCAGAGACGGAGGCCUUCAGCUACAAGAUGGCUGAAGUGAAGUGCACCAUCUGCGGCGAUCGUGGUCAUGUGGCUUCCGACUGCAAGCAAGCAGCGGAGCAGCAUCAGAAGGA